AUCUUUCUUUACCGUGGAGAAAAAUAAUAAUAACAAAACUCAAUUACAAAAUCUGAAGUAACGAUUAUUUGUUUAGUUCCAAAUCCAACGGUCAUUUCCCCGCAAAAAACUCGUCAGAUUCAAAACAAAAAUGACUGAGUCGCCUCCAAACACUCCUCCCAAUUCAAACUCUCAACAUGAAACGAUUCCCACUAUCCCGAUCGAGUUCGUGAGUGAAGAAGAAAUGGCUCUCAUCGAAGCAGCUUAUGCAGCAACUCGUUCUUCCCUCUCUUCCUCCAGUUCUUCUUCAAUUUGUUCACCCACUUCCCGCUUUCAAACCCGCUCCAGGACAAUCCACUCCAUUACCCUCUUAUCUAAGCGUGGUUUAAAUGGUUCCAGCGAGCUUGAUAUAGAGGAUUCCGACUAUUUAAAGAAUCCCCAGAAGAGGAUUAGAGUUGCUCAAUCCUUUUUGCAUCGGUUUAGAAGAAAACGGGCGUUAUCCGUCACAGAUAUUACUGCCACGGAAUGGUGUGAAAAGCAAAUGGAAUUUUCCCUCCUCUUUGGGAAACGAAAAAUCAGUAAAGCUAUGAAAGCUGGUAAAGCUCGCCAUGAGAAACUUGAAGAAGAGAUUGUUAAAAAAGUAAAAGUUCAUAUCGAGUCAGCUGAAGAUAGGUGGGCAUUGAAGUUCAUUAACUUCAUAACUUGUGCAAAUCAAUUACUAUUUGAAGGAAUAACACGUGAGCUACCACUAGUAGGCUUUGUGGAAGGCAUAUGGCUAGUAGGAGUUAUCGAUGAGUUGCGAAUGCCUGAAAAUGGAAGUGAUAGAAACCCGAUAUUAGUAGACACAAAGACUCGUGUACGAGACACUCUUCCUGCUGAACCACAAAGCAGAAAUGGAAGGCUUCAAUUGAUGUGCUACAAGUAUUUGUGGGACACCUUGGUUGCAAAUAGCUUCGCUUCUGGACAAUUUUUCGAUUUCUUUUCACUGAAUCGUAACUACAUGUUAUCGAAGGAUAUCAGAGAGAGAACUGCUAGUUCAGGUUUUCCAGCUAAGACACUUGAUGACGUGAUUCAAUAUUACAUAAACACAUGUAGCAUGCUUCCCAUCUCUCACGACCGGCUACUAUUGAGAUAUGAACUACAAAAAGAUCAGUCAGUGCUGGGUGAAGAUGAAUUUGCAUAUGAUCCUGAUUGGCUCAAAAGACAAAUUCAAAGCAAUCUUGAAUUCUGGUUAGGUGAACGAGAAGCCAGUUACACCCCGCAAGAAGAACGUUGGAAGUGUCGCCAUUGUCAAUUUGCUUCAAUUUGCUCUGGAAACCCAUUUCCUAAUAUUCCGCGAGGCUCUUCUUCUAGCUCUGAUUAUGGCAGCUCUUCAAGCUAGAAAUGAUAGUAGACAGUUCAAUCCUAAAUGUAUAGAUUAUAUUUCUACAUUUUUUCUUAUUUACUUCUUAUGUAAACAUUCAUAGGUUGCAAGAAUUGCUGUAAAAUUUGCUCCAAAAAUGUAUGUAGGACUAGGUGAACAAUUGUUGUAAUUUAUACAGUUAAUUGUUAUUUAUGAAUUAUACAGAUUUUUAUUAAAA